AUGGAAAGAAGGCAGGUUGUGAUGACGCUGGUGAUACUCUACGGUUCAUCCAUCUACGUACUUGGCCAUGUCUUACUCUCUUUUGGAGCAGUACCAACAUAUGGGAUUAGGAGUUCCUGGAGUGCUAAUGGUCGUCGCGUUGGUGUUCUUCCUGUGCGGAUGGAAAAUGUACAGAAAAUACCCCCCAGCCGUGAAAAUAUCGCCGGCGCAGUGAUUAGAUGUCUGUGGUUGGCCGGAACGAGGACCUUCUUCGGGGGCUCAACAUGGGUGUUGCAAGCCCGCCGACUGAACGGACGAAUCGGAUGGCUUACCGUACUCCCAGAACAGAUCAAUAUUCUCAAUCCGCUUAUCGUCCUCAUUAUGGUGCCCGUGUUCGAAGGAAUCAUCUAUCCAUGUGCACGAAAG